GCUGACGUCACAGACUUUAGUGGUUUUGGUGUAAUGGAAGUUCAGUGGUGGAAGCUGAAUGUUGAUUUCGUGAUAUACACAAUAAAACUAUUUAAAAGUUAGAUACCAGACCCGGUCCUAUCUAGGCAAGGUCGUAAAGAAGGAUCGGGGCCAAUAAUUCCAUGCAAUUGUCCAGACCAGAAGGUUUCCUGUUUUUGAUGCCUUGCAUCUGAACCUGGCAUUAUGCCCGCAGCAACUGUGGAUCAUAGCCAAAGAAUAUGUGAUGUUUGGGCAUGCAACCUAGAUGAAGAGUUGAAGAGAAUCCGGCAUGUCAUUCGCAAAUACAACUACAUUGCAAUGGAUACAGAGUUUCCAGGUGUAGUUGCGAGACCGAUUGGAGAAUUCAGGAGCAACGCUGACUACCAGUACCAGCUGCUCAGAUGUAAUGUAGACUUGUUAAAGAUAAUCCAGCUGGGAUUAACGUUCAUGAACGAAGAGGGGGAAUACCCACCAGGAACAUCAACAUGGCAGUUCAAUUUUAAAUUUAAUCUCACAGAGGACAUGUACGCGCAGGACUCGAUCGAGCUCCUGACGACGUCAGGAAUCCAGUUCAAAAAGCACGAGGAGGAGGGCAUCGAGACGCUCUACUUCGCUGAGCUGCUCAUGACCUCCGGGGUGGUGCUGUGUGAGGGCGUCAAGUGGCUGUCUUUCCACAGCGGCUAUGACUUUGGGUACCUAAUCAAAAUUCUGUCCAACUCCAACUUGCCGGAUGAAGAGGUGGACUUUUUUGAGAUCCUCCGGUUGUUUUUCCCCAUUAUUUACGAUGUGAAGUACCUCAUGAAAAGCUGCAAAAACCUAAAGGGCGGCUUGCAGGAAGUGGCAGAGCAGCUGGAGCUGGAGAGGAUAGGGCCUCAGCACCAGGCUGGCUCCGACUCCCUCCUCACCGGCAUGGCCUUCUUCAAGAUGAGAGAGAUGUUCUUCGAGGAUCACAUCGACGACGCCAAGUACUGCGGGCACCUGUACGGGCUGGGGUCAGGCUCGUCGUACGUCCAGAACGGCACGGGCAACGCCUACGAGGAGGAGGCCAAUAAGCAGCAGUCCUGACACUGUGCAGAGCCGCACGUGCGUUACGCUAGAGCUCUCUGUUCCCCCGGCGGUGCGUACGGAAGCAGAGAGCAGGGGGGAUAGGUAAGCUCUUUCUGGGUCUCCUGUGGGAGAAGGGCUGUGCCACAGCCUUCACUCGUUCAAGGUGUUCCAUGUUAUCUUCUGUAAAAAACGAAAAAGGAAAAAAAACCCCAAAGAAAAAACAACAUGAAGUGACUGGUUGGUUAAUUUAUAUAUAUUUAAAUAAAAAAAACUUGUGUGUAGCUCUUCAAGUGUGACCUGUAAAACGGUUUUUAGUUUUUCAGGAAACAGACGGUGGAAAAAUUGCACUUUAAAGGCCGAGGCAGACUACCUUCCGGAGCAAAGCUAGAUCGUUAUUUCUUCCUUGAGAAAGAAAUGUAAAUUGCAGAUUGCAGACCGUUCACCCCUUCGUUGCCUUUUGUACAUGAACAUUUUUUGCUAAAUGCAUAUCAUUUACAGGUGGAAAAUGUUCUCGGGCUUAAAUUUAAUUUUACUACAAAACUCAGCCUUAAUAUUACCUCGUCUUUUACGUUUUCUCCUGUUUUAUUUUAUUUUGAUGGCUUAAGCUUGAGAUGGAAUGGUUGGCCCAUUCAAAUGGUAAUAUGCCAGUCACUGUCGUGUACGGUUUUUCCCUGGUGAAAAGGGACGUAAGAGUAUGGUUGAUUUUUUUGCUCAAUCCAUAAAAUGAGCAUCUGUAGCUCACCUUGACACAGGCACAGGUAAACAUGUGGUUAGCACAGGAGAUCUGGUCUUGCACUGAUUUUACUCUAUAAGUUUAAUGUUCACCAAUUUUACCAUUACAAUUAGGCUAACUUAAGAGAAGAAAUGCUUACUGCCACUAUUAAAUUGAAAUGAGGUAAUCCGGAAUGUCUUUAUGGAGUUUUUCAUUUGCAUUGUUUUAAAGUGACUGGAAAAUUUGCAGUGUUUUAGUAAAAAGUAAAAGAAAACAAAAGUCUAGAGCUUUUAUUCGUUGAAGAAACGAUGGUUCUUAACGUAGCCUAAAAUCUUAACCAACUCGAGCACCUAAUUUCAGCGGAAUUAUUUUUACCUGUAGUACUGGUUUUCUGAAUGCACAGUUGAGUGCCGUUUGUUCCUUUGUAUUGUAUUGCUUUACAAUUCCUGUCCGUUUCCUACAGCUUGUGCAUGUACUCAUUGCGUUUAAUAAUGAUUUACACUUGCUGUAUAGUUUCAUAGUCGCUUGAGCUUGUAUGGAGAUGUGAGUUGCAUGAACACAGGUUGUGAUCUGCUGUUGAAUGUUUUUUUUUUUUUCAUUGGAAGAUUAUAUAGGAAAUAUUUCCCAUUUUGGUUUCAUUUUAUACUGCUGUGUAGAGGAUUCCCGUUCAAGACCAUGAGAAAUUAUGCAAUAUAUAGGGUGUCUGUUUUUAGAGCUUUUGUAAAUAAAGGCUUCAGACUUUUCUUA